GGUUUGCGCCGGCGCCGAUAGGUGGGUGCCCCUCCCAAUUUCCUCAGUCCCCGGCUGCGGCGAGGCAGUGUAUUUAGAUCCCGGGAUCUUCAGCACGGCUGGACCCCAGCGGUGGUGGCGCCAUGGCGUGCGCGGGACUACUCACUGUGUGUUUGAUCCAGCAGCCCGCGCCUCAGUCCCCGAGGCUCCCCACGCCAGCCACGGGUUCUGCGGGGCACGCGCUGUUCCAGGAUGUUUUUCGAAGAGCAGACAAGAAUGAUGAUGGUAAGCUCUCAUUUGAGGAAUUCCAGAAUUACUUUGCCGAUGGGGUCCUCAGCCCUGGGGAGCUGCGAGAGCUGUUUGGCGGCAUUGAUGGGCAUUCUACCGACAAUUUGGAAACGGAGAAGCUGUGUGACUACUUCUCAGAACACCUGGGCGUCUACCGGCCUGUGCUGGCUGCGCUGGAGUCCCUGAACCGUGCAGUGCUCACUGCCAUGGACACCACCAAACUGGAGUACGAGCAGGCCUCCAAGGUGGACCAGUUUGUGACCCGCUUCCUACUGCGGGAGACGGUGAGCCAGCUGCAGGCCCUGCAGAGCUCUCUGGAGGGGGCAUCAGACACCCUGGAGGCCCAGGCCCAGGCCCAGGCCCAGGGGCCACGGUCAGAUGGAGAGAGAGCGGAGGUGCAGAGCAGGCCCCGCGGCAGCCGGCGGGCAGGGCGCAGGGGCUCGCGGAGCAUCACUCGGUCACCCACGUGGUCUCCUGGCUCCUCUGACACAGGGCGGAGUUCGGAGGCUGAGAUGCAGUGGCGGCUCCAGGUCAACCGUCUCCAGGAGCUCAUUGACCAGCUGGAGUGCAAGUCCCCGAGGCUGGAACCCCUACGUGAAGAGGAGCUUACCAGGGGGCUUGACUCGCAUAUCCUCGUGGCCCAGAGGCAGGUGCAGGUGGCAGAAGAAGCCCUGCAGGACUUCCACCGAGCCCUGAGCUGCUACGUGGACUUCACGGAGUCCCAGAGCCAUUGCCUGCAUGUUUCUGCCCAGAAGAUGCUCGACAGUGCCUCCUUCACCCUGUACGAGUUCUGGCAGGACGAGGCCUCCUGGAGAAGGCACCAGCAGUCUGCCUGCAGUAAGGCCUUCCACCGAAUCCUCAUUGACCACCUUCGGGCUCCGGACACCCUCACCACUGUGUUCUUCCCAGGAGCUUCUGGACCGGUCGAUUCGGCACCAAGACCAAGGUUGCUGCUGCUCCUGACCUGGGCCUGGAUCUCAGAGGCCUCCCAGAGCAGCCGUUGGAGAGUCUCUCAGCCCAGGGAUCAGGGACCGGGCUGCCUGCUUUCUGUUUCUUUAUCAGUGUAUUUUAUUUGUAGCUUUGGUUUCUGAUGCGUUCUGGCUUCUGCUUGGCUGGGAGGCCUGGAUUCUGGCCCCCUUUGCCUGUCUCGCUCUACGACCCAGGACAGAUCCCUUCCACCUCUGGAUGGGCCUCAGACUGUCUGGCUGCCUAGUGGGCACCCUGCUUUCUUCCUGCUGUCUUGGGGCCGAGCUUCUGUUCUUCCUCAACCAGCAGCAGAACCAGGACUGAUGCUCAGGGACCCCCAACCCUGCCCUGAACCUCAACCCCUCUGGGUGGGCUGGAUCUAUCUGCAGUGUGGGGUAAGGACCUGGGUGUCCCCAUCGCCUCCCUGGGCUGGCAGGCCUCUGACUCUUCCAGCACCCUCCACUGCACCAGAGACAACCAGAAGACCCAGGGUUGGUUGCAUGUCAUUUGCAUAUCAUUUGCAUGUUCAUGCCCACCCAUACUCAGCACACAGUGUGAAGCCCCAAGGUGACCUUGCCAAGUAGCAAUAAUUUGGGUCGAGUCACCUGCUGUCCCCAGAUACCUCUGAACCCAGCCCACGCCUCCCACAGAGAGACAAAGGCAGUGGUCACCUCUGGGUCUUGUCCUGUCUCUCUCUUGGCAAGCAGGCCAGGUGGUGGGGCUGGUUUUCAUCUCAGACCACAGCUCAGGGCAGGAAGCCUUUCUUCAGAAAUCAGUCCGUUCAUCUCAAGCCCCCUGCCUGCAGGUGGUGGGAACUUCAUCACCACUGACCCUGUUUUCCUCAAUUCAGGGCCCUCUCACCCCCACAAGCCCUGGUUCUGGGAGUGAAUGGGGUCUGUGCUUUCAGCACCUCUCAGCUGACUGGGGGUUCUAGCUGCAGGCCCCACCUCGCUGAAAGGGUGUACAGGGGAGCUGGGGACUAAGCCCAGAGCCUUCUCAGGGCCCCGGGGAGUGUGGUGGGGCUCUGUGAAACCUGGCUCCAGGGAAGUGCUGCCAGCACCGAGCCCACUCAGCUCCGUGUGGGCGUGAGGGGGUUUCAGCAUCUGACCUUGUUAAAGAAGCCCACCCAGGAGAAAUAACUGUCUUUCUGCUCCGUAUUCUAAUUCCUUUGUUUUCUCUACGAACGCAGCCACAGCCAACCCUCACAGCUAAAAACUCCCCACUGCCAUCUCUGGACAAAGAUGCCAAAAUCCUCAAGCUGACGUCUCUGCAGUGGCUCCUUCGAUUUUGCUGCCUCGCUCUGCUGUGGAGCCUUCAAAGUUUAAAACCUUUAAAAAAACAGGGAGAGGAUAACAGGAGGUGGCGCUCAGGCCACCUUUGCUUGCAGCCUGGUGCCUACCAGGCCGUGACUCCUAGGUUGGAAUGUUGCUGUGAUACACCGCAGUUGUGGGUUUGAUCCCUGGUCAGGGCCCAUACAAGUAUCAACCUAUUAAUGUAUACAUAAGUGGAACCACAAAUUGGUCUCUCUAAAAAAAAAAAUCAAUAA